CUCCGGGGGCGGCGGCGGCCUCGGUUCUUCCAGCCAUCCGCUCUCCAGCCUGCUGAGCAUGUGGAGAGGGCCGAACGUGAACUGCGUAGAUAGCACCGGCUACACGCCACUACAUCAUGCUGCUCUGAAUGGCCACAGGGAUGUGGUUGAGGUUCUUCUGAGGAACGACGCGCUGACCAACGUUGCUGACUCCAAAGGCUGCUACCCGCUGCACUUGGCAGCGUGGAAAGGAGACGCCCAGAUAGUGCGCAUGCUCAUCCACCAAGGACCCUCGCACACCAGAGUCAACGAACAGAAUGCUCUUGAGAUCAAAGAACUCAAAAAGUACGGCCCCUUUGACCCUUAUAUCAAUGCCAAGAACAACGACAAUGAGACAGCCCUGCACUGUGCGGCACAGUACGGCCACACGGAGGUUGUGAAGGCCCUGCUGGAGGAGCUCACAGACCCCACCAUGCGGAACAACAAGUUUGAAACGCCUCUGGACCUGGCGGCGCUGUACGGGCGGCUGGAGGUGGUGAAGCUGCUGCUGGGUGCGCACCCCAAUCUCCUGAGCUGCAGCACCCGGAAGCACACACCCCUGCACUUGGCAGCCAGGAACGGCCACAAGGCCGUGGUGCAGGUCCUGCUGGACGCCGGCAUGGACAGCAACCACCAGACGGAGAUGGGCAGUGCUUUGCAUGAGGCUGCUUUGUUUGGCAAGACCGAUGUGGUGCAAAUCCUGCUGGCUGCAGGAAUCGAUGUUAACAUAAAGGAUAACCGUGGCCUGACUGCCCUCGACACUGUCCGGGACCUGCCUUCUCAGAAGAGCCAGCAGAUAGCCGCGCUGAUUGAAGAUCACAUGACCGGAAAAAGAAGCAUGAAAGAAGUGGACAAGACCUCCACACCUCAACUACCUCUCCUCUCCAGCACAGACGCCAUAGCACCAAAGUCUCAGGUGACUGAGCUGAUCCUUGAUUGUGACACACAUGCUGAGGAGGAGGGUCACUACGAGGCGCUGUACAACGCUGUGUCCUGCCAUUCCUUGGACAGCACGGCCAGCGGGCGAUCUUCUGACAGAGACUCUAUGAACAAGGAGGUGGAGUCCACCGGAGCAAGGGCUGCUGGAGUGAGGCCUAGGGAGCGUCCGCCGCCUCCAGCAAAGCCACCACCUGAUGAAGAGGAAGAAGAGCGCCUAGAUAAGAAGUGUUUUCCCUUGGCGGCCUCUGAGGGCCUGGCUAUGAGACCCAGGAUUCAGAGCAGUGCUCCCCAGGAAGAAGAGGAGCACCCAUAUGAGCUGCUGCUCACAGCAGAAACCAAGAAGCUGGGGACCACAGACGGGAGGACUGAAGACCACAGGCAGAGCGGCGGCGGCCGGAGCCAGGACUCUGUGGAGGGGCAGGAGGGGCAGGUCCCCGAGCAAUUCUCAGGUCUCCUCCACGGCUCCUCCCCAGUGUGUGAGGUGGGGCAGGACCCUUUCCAGCUGCUCACUGCCCCCAGCCAGAACCACCCCGAGCCCUCCCAGCAGGACGCCUGCCGCGAGGCCAGCAUGCAGCUAGAGGAGCCGGGCAUGCAAAGCACUGGAGCCCCGCAGCCCAGCGUCCCGGACCAAAGCAGGAGAGCUGGCUUGCUGGCAGGCCUGACAGCCCUGACAGCCCUGACAGCCCCGGCCAGCAGAACGUACCUCGACACAUUGACUCACGCAGUACCUCUGCACCCUACUGGUGCUGAGGGAGAAGAAGACCGGAGCUGGCCCAGAAGCAGAGCCCCUCCCACCAGCAAGCCCAAAGCUGAGCUGAAACUCAGCCGCAGUUUGUCUAAGUCUGACUCUGACCUCCUGACCUGCUCCCCCACGGAGGACGCCACAAUGGGGAGUCGCAGCGAGUCCUUGUCCAACUGCAGCAUGGGGAAGAAGAGGCUGGAGAAGUCGCCUUCCUUUGCCUCAGAGUGGGAUGAGAUUGAGAAAAUCAUGAGCUCCAUCGGGGAAGGGAUUGACUUCUCUCAGGAGCAGCAGAAGAUCUCAGGUUCUCGGACGCUGGAGCAGAGCGUCGGGGAGUGGCUGGAGUCGAUCGGCCUGCAGCAGUACGAGAGCAAGCUGCUGCUGAACGGCUUCGAUGACGUCCGCUUCCUGGGGUCUAAUGUGAUGGAAGAGCAGGACCUGAGGGAGAUUGGCAUCAGUGACCCACAGCACCGACGGAAGCUGCUGCAGGCCGCGCGCUCCUUGCCCAAGGUGAAGGCCCUUGGCUAUGACGGGGUCAGCCCCCCCUCAGUGCCCUCCUGGCUGGACUCGCUGGGGUUGCAGGACUAUGUCCACUCUUUCCUGUCCAGCGGCUACAGCUCCAUCGACACUGUGAAGAAUCUCUGGGAGCUGGAGCUUGUCAAUGUCCUGAAGGUUCACCUGCUGGGCCACCGCAAGCGCAUUAUCGCCUCUCUUGCAGACAGGCCCUAUGAGGAGCCACCCCAGAAGCCUCCAAGGUUUUCCCAGCUAAGAUGCCAGGAUUUAAUCUCCCAGACAUCGUCCCCGCUGAGCCAGAAUGAUUCCUGCACAGGGCGGUCGGCAGACCUGCUGCUGCCCUUGGCAGACACAAGCAGGAGGCGGCACGACAGCCUGCAUGACCCCGGGGCUGCCUCCCGAGCAGAACGCUUCCGAAUCCAGGAGGAGCCCAGCGAGACCAAGCUGACCCUCCGUCCGCCCAGCCUGGCUGCGCCCUAUGCCCCUGUGCAGAGCUGGCAGCACCAGCCAGAAAAGCUCAUCUUUGAGUCCUGCGGCUACGAGGCUAAUUAUCUCGGCUCCAUGCUGAUCAAAGAUCUGCGAGGGACAGAGUCCACCCAAGAUGCCUGUGCCAAAAUGCGGAAGUCGACGGAGCACAUGAAGAAGGUCCCCACCAUCAUCCUGUCCAUCACGUACAAAGGUGUCAAAUUCAUUGACGCCUCCAACAAGAAUGUCAUUGCUGAGCACGAGAUCCGGAACAUCUCCUGCGCUGCUCAGGACCCGGAGGACCUGUGUACCUUCGCCUACAUCACCAAGGACCUGCAGACCAGCCACCACUACUGCCACGUUUUCAGCACAGUGGAUGUGAACCUGACCUACGAGAUCAUCCUGACCCUGGGGCAGGCAUUCGAGGUGGCCUAUCAGCUGGCCCUCCAGGCCCAGAAGUCCAGGACCAUGGCGGCCUCUGCAGCUUCCAUGAUUGAGACAAAGUCCUCCAAACCUGUGCCUAAGCCUCGGGUCGGCAUGAGGAAGUCUGCAGUGCCGGUACCCCCCGAUUCUCGCUGUUGUCACUGUCACACCUGCACCACUCACCGUCCUUCCUACCUACCGCUGCCGUCCGUUAGUCCCGGAGUCAAGCUGGAACCACCUGAUUCUGACCAAGAGGCCCCGUCCCACGCUAGUGUUUCCUGGAUCGUGGACCCAAAGCCAGACUCGAAGCGGAGCCUCAGCACCAAGUAUGAGACCACUAUCUUCUAGCGCUGCUCUGUCUCCGCUACCCCACUGUGCCUUUGCCACCCGGUCUUCUGCUCUCAACUCUCCUUCCAGCUGCCACCAAGGCCCCGCCUCCCUGGGACCUGCCUCUGGCAGCAGCUCCUGUUCACACCACCCAACACUGUGAAUCCUCCCCUUGGGCUGAGGCCAGCUGGGGGGUGACUUGCCUUUGAAGGGGCGUCCUAGGCACCAGAGUGGGGCUGAGGCCCCAGAGCCUCUGCACUAGGCACUGUGAGGUGAGGGUAGUCUUCCCGCAGAACCACCACAGCUCUCUCUGGUUACUGUCCUCUCCUGGGUCACAGCUGGAUGCCAAGAGCUACCAGUUGUCACCUUCCCCGACCCAACCACCACUGUGACCACCCAGUGCCAGGAUGCCCUACACAUGGCCGCUCUCAGGUGCUGGUCCCUCUCCUGGUCAGGCCCGGUGAUGUGGCUUCAGCAGGGACAGACUUUGUGUAAGGGGGCGGUUGGUACCAGCCACACCCUUGUAUAUGAGUUGGCUCUGAUGCCACGAGCUGUGACCCUCUGAACUCCAGGUUCCCGGGGGACCUGUGUGUGCUUGGCCCCCUUCUGUGCUGUGGGCCCGGUUCUGGAAUGCAGCUCCCUGAGGUGUGCCCCUGCACACAAGUGCGCCUUCUUCCUUCUCGGAGUGGAGCUGUUCUUGGACAGGGCGGAGCUGAGCAGCUUUUGUGGAGUCGGGGAGCAUUCUCAGACUUCCUCUGGUGGUGGGGUCCUCAGACAGCCGUCGUCCAGCCGUCCCUGGCACCCACCUAGGAGCUAGCACCACGGAGCUGAAUCUCGGAGGAGGCCUCACGUGCCCUGAUGCGGAAAGAUCAGUCUAGAUGGCAGGGGACAGAAGUGAUUCCCGUGGCCCUGGUGCAGACAGUGUAGUGCAGUGCAAGAGCCGUAUACCAGGGCUGGCCCUUCGGCUGCCUGCCUGCCUGCCUUUCCUUGUGCCUUUCUGAGCAGAGGGGCCGGGAGCAGCAGUGGGCUGUAGGCUGUGGAGGGCUCCGGGGAGGCAGGGACCGACCUUUGUCUGCUCUGUGUCCCUUUCCGUGUCCCUCCGCCUUGCGCAGGGUCUUUGGUUAACUCUCUCCUCCCACUGUUUGCUUCUGCCAAGCUGAGCCACUGAGGAGCCACACUGUGCUGCAGAAACGUAGCCGUGGAGCACAGGCUCCUCCUGCCCCAGCACCGAGAGCCUCAUCUGCAGCUCUGAAGACCCAGGCCCAGCCCUGCUGUAGGACCUCCUGUCACCUGCUUGGCCUGGGCCUGCCGCCACCUGCAGAACCCUGCCCUGGAGGCAGCGAAGACGCCAGGCAUGUAGCUGAGGAGACCGGAACUCUGGGUGGCCCAAGAAGUGGCCCGUCCAGGACAUGUUUUUAAUAGGAAAAGUAAUAAUCCUUUUUAUACAUUUUUAACACUUGGCUCCAGCCUCUCGGUAAAGCUGCCAAUCUUUAAACAAGACAAGGCCUGAGAUGGCCCUGGAACCCUCAGCCAGCCUCUGCCUUCAGAGUGGGCUCUCGGCCUGGCUAGAGACAUGGGGACGCACGCGUGGGCAACGCAGGGCAGAGUUGAGGCUUCCUCGUCUACUGAGGUGAUGACAUGGACAUUCCUGGGGUUCCCAGUGGGGACGAGCAAGUAGGUUCUGGUGCGGGCGCAGGGGACUCCUUAGUCCUCAGCUGUCCGUGUUAGCAGUGUCGGAGGCAGCUGUUCCCAGGCUGCUGCAGGGCUGACGGAGCCGUGUCAGAAGGGAGAAGUAAGUGGCUCUGUUUGGAGCAUUAAUGGGAAUGUCAGUUAAGACUGCAGCUUGCCAGCUUGGGACUUGAUCUGGCCUCGCUCUGAUUCUUUUUGACUGUUGUAUCCUGUGUGGCAGGCUGGGCACAUCUGUCCCAGAUGUGCAAAGGCUAGUCGGGUAACAGUCGUAUCCUCCCCCGCUAUGGUCCUGAGGUUACGCUGGUGUUGCUUCAGCUCUUCUGCCAGCUUGCUUUGCUUUUUAAAGUGACUUGGGUGGCGAUCAUCCUCCUGGGCUUAAGGAGCAGUGACUGGGGGUCAGGGGACCAACCAGACCACUCACCAGCUUUUCCAGAGUAGGGAGCAAAAAGAGAAGCCCUGGCCCACAGUGAGCAGACCUCAGGCUUUCUAGGCAGCGCUCCUCCUGGGGACGGGAGGCCCUGGCCCACAGUGAGCAGGCCUCAGGCUUUCUAGGCAGCGCUCCUCCUGGGGACGGGAGGCCGGGCUUGAACAGCGGCCUUGAGCUGCAGUCCUGGGCACCGUCACAUUGUCGCUACUCAGAUGGGAAGCAGGGAACCUCUGCUAGACCUGUGGCAAUCUGCCUGCUGUGCAUUUAGCAUGGCAGCCGCGGGGUACAGCUCCUCUGGGACGGAGCCAGGGGUCCUCUGCUGCGGGUACAGCUCCUCUCUGGGAUGGAGCCGGGGUCCUCUGCUGCGGGUACAGCUCCUCUCUGAUGGAGCUGGGGUCCUCUACUGCGGGUACAGCUCCUCUCUGAUGGAGCCAGGGGUCCUCUACUGCGGGUACAGCUCCUCUCUGAUGGAGCCAGGGUCCUCAGCUGCGGGGUACAGCGCUAGUACUUCCCAUUCUGCCUCACACCCUCCGCCCUGGAAAGCUGCCCUCGGCUCCCACCUUUAAGAAUCCAGAGAGACCCUAAGUUCCUGGCUCAGUUGUGCCGAACCCCUUCCCUCUGCCAGAGUGGGGCUCAGCGGUGGGCGCAAAGCCCUGGGGAGCACUGUAGACACUACAAUGAGUUCAAGCUGCACUCUGUUCUAAAGUCACAGGCAGACACUUCCUCCUCUUGACGCUGCUAUGUCUUAUUUAUUCAGGGUGUUUUCUACCAGAAAGUCUUGGCUUGUCUGCUCUGCGUCUCUUUCAAGAUUGGUUUCUCAAUAUUCAAGAAAUUCCUCUCCUCCUCCGGGUGGGUCUCUCCUUUUCAGGACAGGUGCCAAAUAGAAGGGCCUACCUUUGGCGCUUUCGUGAAUCGUGCCCUGUGAAACCAAGUCUGAGCCUGAACUGUGAAGGAGGCCAUUCUGAUGGGAGUGGUGAGACAUCCCAAGCCUUCCCAGCAGCAGCCACAGGCCCCCCUGCUUGCCUCUUGGCUAGGCGGCUGCCCUGCGCAGGGCAGGAGGGAAGCCCGCCCACUUGCUCACUCUCCUGCAGGCUGUGUCUCGGCAGGGUACUUUGGACUCUGCCUCUGAGGUUGCCCACUAGGGGGUUUUGAGAAGUCUUGGGUUUGAACACAUGGCUGCAAUCAAGACGGUUUAUGGUUAGCUCGUGAGGUGCCCAUACCGGCAAUGCAAGUCACGGGAGUUACUGCUCAUGGUGGACAGUGGGACUGGAUUGUAAGAAAAAUGUUAUUUAAUCUUUGUUUCCAUAUUUUGAUACUUGAAUUCCCCUUUUGUUUUACUGUACAUAAAAUUGUUAAUCUGUCCGAUUUUGUUUGAAUUAUAAACACCUUGUGGUACCAAAUGGAACCAACCUGUGCAUCGGUAUAGACCAACCUCACUGCAGAGUGUGCACACCCUGGGCUUCCGGCUCGGUUUCUUACUUCCUUAGCUGAUAGCUUAGGACUGACUGAGCUAAUAAAGGAGAGCUGUAGAAA